UGCGGGCCUCUCAGCCCUGCGUCUGCUCGCUGCCUCCCCCGCGGUACUCUGCGCUCCGGCUGGGCUGCGAGGUCUGAGCCCACCGAAGCCCGGUCCCGCUGGGUCUGGAGGAGCGGAGCGAACGGAGGCCGUCGCCCUGGGCCCGCGCCUCCUCGCGGCACCGCCGGCCCCGGUCUCGCCUGGCCCCAAGCUGAGCUCCGGCGGACGCAGAGGCUGCAGCACUGACCUAGGGCCCGGGGACCGACGACCGCAGAGGGGACUGCCGCCUGAGGCUGCGGGGGCAGAGAGCCUUCCCGAGCGGAGGCCCGCCGCCCGCCUUCCCCCAGCUCUGCGCGAGCGCUCCUGACUCGGCCUCCUGCGCCCUCUGCGCGGCCGGGCGUGGGGGACACGGCGCGGUACGCCGCCGCACCGUGCAGUCAGCUGAGGCCGGGCUGCAAGGAGCCCGGUGAACAAGCCAGACGCAAGCGUGGCGCGGAGCAAGAAGGCAGACGCAGGAAGCCGGAGAGGGGUCUUUCUCAGUGGGACCGCGAUGUGGGGGGAGAGAGCGGCCGGAAAACGGGGCCAGCUGUGCGAUGCGCAUGCGCCAGCCCCACGCGAGGCGCGUGAACACCGCGUGCUGCAGACUGCUGACGCCAGCGUGGAAACAGGCGAGACGAGGCAGGGGUCUGCCUCCGCGGCGGGAGGUCCUGCGGGAGCGGAGGGCCCGAGGCCGCGUGAACUUCACUCUCCCCAGGCUGAACAGGGUGUUUUUAAAGAAAAAUCCUUCGUUCAGACGUCUUCAAAAUACGCCGUUCAGAAGCCCGCACGUUCUCCUAGUCGCCCAAGAAGCGGCGCGGCGCGGUAGAGAGGGUCCGCGAGGCUUGGAUCCAGCCCGCCCUUCGCACCGUCGCUGUCCAGGUCAGAAACCCUGUGCCUUCUCCACGCUGGAUGGUUUGUCAGCCCUACUUGGACGGAAGACUGUUUCCUGACAGAAGCUAAGAAGUCUGCCCACCCCUAAAUCCAUCCUGCCAACCCAGUGAUGUAUCUCUGCCUCACUCCUGGGGAAAUAAUGCAGUUUCAAGAUUUUUGAUUUUAUAUAAAAUAAUUUAAAAUUUUACUUAAAAUUAUUAUAAAACUGUAAGGCAAAGAACAGUAUAUGUUUCAAAAAGCUGCUAUUUAAUCCAAAGUGAAAUUAUUUCAGCAGUGUGAUAUAACUUCCAUCUGUCCAUUCUGUUUCUCUUGCACAUUUAUUUGGAAUCUGUAAAUAUUGCACUCCAGUGUUUGCCCUUUGCAGGGGUGUGUGAUUUCAGUUAACCCAGUUGUUCUAGCAAUAGCAGUAUUAUGAAUUUUUUAAAUGUAAGCUCAAUCCAAUCAUGCAAAAACAUCAAGACGACCCCAAAUGAAGGACCGUUCUGCAAAAACAGUGGGCCAUGGAGAUGUUUGGGGGAUGAUGGGGGUGGAGGAAGCGGGGCAGGCUCCCCACAAUGGAGGUAGUGCUUAUGUAUCAUGAACAUGUACUAAUCAGAACAGAAACUAAAAAAACUGACCAGUACUCACCAGGGAGGAAUAGUGGCAUUAGAUUUUGCUUUUCUAACUUUUAGAUAAGUGUUUAGUUUCAAAUACAUUCUAAUGCCAUGCAUUUGGUGAAAGACUUACAUUUAUGAGAGCAUUCCUGCAAAAGUUUGCAUUGAUUACACAUUGUUCACAGCUAUCAAAAGGUUGUGCAGCUCCUUUACAUUCUAGAAAUGGCAGAAGAUUCUGUGUCAGCUGCUCUCCUAUGGAGCUUGCUGGCUUUAGGGCUGGGUUAUACCUUCUAGCUAUGUGUAAUAAAAGAACUAGAGCAUGCUAUUUAUUGAACCCUACCUAGUUUCCUCAAGUGUGAAAUGAGCAUGAUAAUACCUGCUGAUGGUUAUGGUUUGUGUCUGCAUGUCCCCCAAAGCCUCAUGCAGUCAUGGGGUGGG